AUGGGGAGAGGCUUGAGCGCCGCUCCCGUCUCGCCGCGCCUCGCGCUCGGGGCAGCGGCGCUGGUGCUGCUCGCGGCGGCGGCGCUGCCUUCCCCAGCAGCUGGAGUCAACGUGACGGCCGUGCUCUCGGCGUUCCCCAACUUCGCCGACUUCGCGCGGCUGCUGGCAUCCACCCCCGUGGCCGGGGAGCUGGCUGGGAGGUCGUCCCUGACGCUCCUGGCCGUGCCGAAUGCCAACCUGCCGCAGUCACCCUCGGCUUUCGUAGCUGGCGCCGGCGCCGACAUCGCCGACGUGCUGAGGUACCACGUCCUGCUGGAGUACCUCUCCCCGUCUGACCUCGCCCGCCUCUCCCCCUCCGGGAAGCUCGUGACGACGCUGUUUCAGACCACGGGCCGCGCGCCCUCCGACUUCGGCACCGUCAACCUCACCGUGGGGGCCAACUCCACUGUCGUGGUCCGCUCGCCGGCGCCGUCCCCGGGAUCGAACGCCACGGUCCUCGGCGCCGUGACCGCGGUUCCGUACAAUCUCAGCGUGCUCGCGGUGGGUGGCCUUAUCCUACCCUCCGGAUUCGACCUCGCGGCCUCUGAGACCCGCCCGCCACCGCCGGUGAACAUCACCCGGGUUCUCACCGACGCGCGGGGGUUCAACGUGGCGGCCUCCAUGCUGCAGGCUUCCGGUGUGGCGAGCGAGUUUGAGGCCGACGAGCACGGUGCUGGCAUCACCGUCUUCGUCCCCACCGACGACGCCUUUGCCGGCCUCCCCGCCACCGACCGCCUCCAGUCGCUACCAGCCGAGCGCAAGGCCGUCGUGCUCCGCUUCCAUGUGCUGCACUCUUACUACCCGCUGGGCUCCCUCGAGUCCAUCGUGAACCCCGUCCAGCCCACUCUGGCGACAGAGCACACCGAGGCUGGCCACUUCACCCUAAACAUAACCCGCGUCAAUGGCUCCAUUGCAAUUGACACAGGCAUCGUGCAGGCAUCCAUCACCCGCACAGUGUUCGACCAAAAUCCUGUGGCAGUCUUUGCCGUCUCCAAGGUUCUACUGCCCAAGGAAAUGUUCAGUCGGGGCGAUUCUAGCAGCACUGCCAUGGUGCCACCUUCGGUUGCAAUGGCACCCGGCGACGCCGGGAGCGAGCAGACACCACAGACGAGGCUCUCAUCCCCGCCUGACCUCCAUGGCGAAGAUAGCAAGUCUUCAGCUGCUUUGGCGACAGCAAAGGGGACAUCUUGGUGGUGUAUAGGACUCAUGUAUCUACAGCUGCAUCUAUUACUAUCUCUGGUAUGA